CCUCGUCAUUACCUGGUCCACUGUCGUUCUCCUAGGCGGCUUCGUCUCCAAUCUGGAGAAGAAGGACUUUUGGUCUCUCACAAUCAUUACCCUCGUCCUAACACCUCGGCAAUUUCAAUAGUUACUUCGAAGAGGCCUAGAUGAGCAUCUCCCACUUUAAUAUCGAAAAGAUACAAGUAUUGAUGCAGGUUGCCGUUACACAAGAAUGCUACAUAUGGAGAAAAAAAGUUGCAAGAGCAUUUCGGUGCACAUCUAUGUGUGCCCGCCCAUGAUCGUCAGGAGAUAGGAUAGGGGACGAUGAGAAUUAGCAAAACGGGUUUACAUGCAAAAAUAGCUAAGUAGUAUUGGAAUAUUUUUAAAGGUGCAUAAACAUGUGAUGGGUGAAAUAUUUUUGAAGGUGAACAUCUUGAUUGGUUUUGUGUUAAAUUUGAUCGUAAUGUGAUAGUUAAAUAGCGAGGCAGCCCUCGCAAAUGUGAGAGCAUCAUGUUAGCAAUCGCUACAUGUCAGAAGGUGUAACAUUGACCUUUAUUUUGUAUGUUAACAUAUGAUUAUGGUGCUAAUACAAACCAUAAAAUAAUUGUGAAAUGAUAAUUUACAAUAAAACUACUGUUAUUAUUUCUUCUAAUAAUAUGUUUAUAUAGUUACGAGUGUUGGUUUACAAGUACACCAAGCAAACUACCCACAACUCUCAUGCGCAAUAGAUUGAUUGUCGCAUGUUCUCGCAUGGCUACAAAGAGUCAUACAAUUGAAUCUAUCUUUUAAAGAAAAUUUUAAUAAAUAAAUGGCCAUCACACCCUUAAGCCUUCAAUUCUAGUGAAUUAUGAUUAUUCAGGUAAUUCUUUGUGGAUGCUUAUGUUGGUGCCUAAUCAUUAAUCCAUCAUUUUUGUUGAUCAUACCAAACUUUUCUUUGUACAUUGUCGAUAGUAUCAAUUCUCUAUGGAUUAUAGGAUGAUAAGAAUGAUAUUUUAAUUGACUAUAACUUUUCUAUACGGUUCCAAUCAUGUAUCUAUAUGUAGCAUCAGACUAGUAUUGGUCUAGGAGGUAGCAACAAACAUGUUUAAAUCAAACAUAACAUGUAAUUUUUUAGAGUAACAUAACAUGUACUGUCGUUUAUUGUUAAACUAUUAAUUAACAUGUGUAGCUAUUUUUGUGUGCGAUAUAUGUCUAACUAUCACUAUGAUUAUAUAUUAGUUGUGUUUUUUAGAUAUGAUGAUUUACCAGUUAUAUUUUGUAACAUGAUAAGAAAAUUAUUUUAGUUGACUAUAACCUUUCUAUAUCUACUUGUCUACUUAUCUAACCAUUAGAUUAGCAUUGGUUUAUGUGGUAAGAACUAACAUGUUUAAACGAGAAGUAACAUGUACUUGAUAUUUACCUUAAAAAUACUUUAUAUGAGUACUAAUAAGGGUUCAGUUGUUGUGCAAUUGAGAUGAUCAAUCAGUUUCGUUUCUAAUAUAAAGAUAUACUAGUUAUAAUUUGUUUAUGUACAUUUGUGAAGACUUGUCAUAUGCGAUCUUUUCAAAAUGGUUUAAGAAUGCAUAUGUAGAUCUAACUGUUAUGCCAUAUUUAGGUAAAAUGAUGAAGAUCCAAUAUAUGUGGUCUGCUAGGUAUAACUAUUUAGACGCGAUUAAAUCUAGUUGAUACGUUAUAUUUCAGUGCGGUUAUGUGGAUCUAACAGUGUGAUCUGCUUAGUACAUUCUAAAGAUCAAAUAGAUGACAUCCGCUUUUGUACAAUUAUGUAAUUUAAUGAGUAUGGUAUGUUUAGGUACGUUUAUGUAACUUGAUGGAUGUUAUCUAUUAAAUUACAAAUCCAACGGCUGAAGUAAUUUUGAUGAUGUGGAUCAAUGUGGCACCUUGAAAAAGUAUUGUAUUUUGCUUUUAGUGACGAUAAGAAGAACAUUUUAGUUGACUACAACUUCUCAGUAGUCGCUCAUGUAUCUAUUAUUGUAUUAUAUUAGCAUCUGUGUAUACGGUCGGUAUACUACUAUGUUUAAAUUAGUCGUAACAUGUAUUUAUUAGUUAUGGUUAAACUAAUAUUAACAUGUCUACUUUUUUUAUGUGCGAUUUCUAUUGAUGUGCAACCGUGACAAUCCAUCUGUUGUGAUUUCUAUAUGAAGAUUAAUCACUUAUAAUUUGUAUAGAUAUAGUUGUUAGAAAGAUAUAGCAUAUGCGAUCAUUUUAGAAUUGUUAUUUAAAUAUAACACUUAUGAUCUAUUUAGAUACACCGAAAUAAAGUUCUAAUGAAAUGAUUCACUUCGGUACGUCAUGUGGAUGUAACAUACAAUGUAUGGUUAGACGUGCUUAUAUAGAUCUAGUGGAUAAAUCUAAUGAUUAUGAUAUGUUUAGCAUAAUGAUGAAGAUAUAAUGUAUGCGAUAUUUAGGUAUAACUAUGCCUCGACUUCCUCCACCCCAAUGUGUCCCCAUGCAGCAUGACUCUCCUCCAACUCAUGCUCAUUGGCUAUUCCACCCUCUACGGCACGCCCAUCGACCUGGCAUGCAUCCUCCUCGUGCGACAUCGCCUCGAUUGGUAACCCCGCAUCGCUAGUUAACCUUUCCACACGUCCUGGCCAUGUGACACAUCCCUACGUCAGCUCUCGCUAUGUCGGGGUUGGGCUCGUCUGGCCAUCUUCCACCUAUGCCCAUGCCGGACCAUGCCGCUAGUGUAUCACCAGUGGUACUUGCUGGGAACUGACCUCGCAAGCCCCCCUUCCAGUGCCCCUUGUCCCCUGAGCAGCGUGCUCCGUGUGCCCUAUCCUUCUUCCGUGGCUAAGAUCUCUUACCAUUCACCCCUCCUUAGAUUGAAACACACACCUAACGCGGAUGUUCUUCCUUCUGCCACCUUCGGCUCCCCUGCAACAACUUUCCAUGUUAGUGUUUUUCUUGCAAAAGCUCUACGACCGCGGCACCUAUGGGUGUUGCUCACUUUUCUGAAGGCGUUGCAUGGAAUCCCUUCUACUGCUGCGCACUAGAGUGUUAACUACCUUCGGCUUUCUAUCCUUCGUUUGACAUGUUCCUCCAAAGCCGGGUUAGUGAUGCAUUGUUCUCCAUUUUCUCGUGGCAUUAUUCCCUCCUUCUAGGCUUUCUCCCUCCAGAGGGCAAGAAGAGCACUUCUACACGUGUACCAUGUGAUUCUUCUCGAUGGGCCUAAUGCAGACAGACGGUGAAGCUUGGAGUGAAGGAUGAUGUGUUUGAUGUGCGUUGGCAGAAGUGGUUCACUCGUUCUAUGAAGCCAUGCAUGUGGUUUCUCUCGGUCCGUGACCAUAGGUGUUGCUUCUAUGUUGUAUCUUUGUAUAAUGUGCUGCCUCGACAACAUCCCUCUUUUACUGAUGGUGCUUGUAUGUGCUUGUACUUGGUGUCUUUUUUUGUGCAUUCUUGCUUCAACAAGAAGUAGUACCACUGGGGAUGUUAACGUUUUCUAUCUGGUUUCCAUAUAAACUAGACCAAUCUAUUUUUGGAAUGCGAUUUUAUUCAGGUGGGGAUUUCUCCACCGCCACAUGUGGCUAUUUAAAAAAAAAAUAGCACAUGAAAAAAUAGCUAAGCAGGAAGGAACUAUUUUUAAAGGCGUGCAAGUACAUGAUAGGUGGAAUCAUUUUAAAGGUGAACACCUUGAGAGGUUCGUGUUAAAUUUUAUUAUGCUAUGUAUUUUACUAGAAUAUAGGAAUUGGAAAUUACGAAGAGUUAGAUAUCGAGCUUCCCAUGCAAUCAUGAACUCUGAAAUGCCUCGUCUAUGAAGAAUCCCAGUGCUGGGCCCUGCUGAAUAUUGUGAGCAACUAAGAAUGUAACUUGUGUGUCAACGUUUGAUUAGAUGCGUUCAUGGUGAUCAAUAUAUAGAAUGAACUUAAAAAGGUACGUGAGGUUAAUGGUGGGAUGCAUUUCUUGUUUUGUAGGAUUUUCUAGCAAUCUUUUGUUUUCCUAAAAUAUGAUCUAUUAUUUUUAAUACUAUUUAUUAGAUACACGUGGCUAUGCGCUGCUACAUAUUAGACUACAUGUGUUUUGUAUCUGUAUUUAAAAAGUUGUAUUCACUCUGUGGAUAUAGCUAAUAUUUAUGAUUAAUUUGUGCGGUUAUAAUAUAGGCCAUUGAAAUGAACCAUGGAGAUAAUCAAGCACUUAUAGAAGCUAAAUUUAACCCUUUCUAAAUAAUGACAUACUCCCUCCAUCCCAUAAUGCAAGACGUUUCUUGACAUGAGAUACUGGAAAGUGAACACGAGUUUAGGACAUUAUAGAAUAAUUUUUAUAUAUUGCAGGAAAAUUCACAAAAACACUUAGUGUGAAAUAGGCUUUUGUCUAAACAUUGUGUCAAGUUGUGAAAGUCAAGAAAAUUAUCGAAAAAUCAAUAUAGGCUUUAGAAAUAUCCCAAUAGGUUUAGAGAAGGUCAAUAUAAUACUUAAUCCGGUGCAUGAAUGAUCAUGUAAGUUAGUCAUAUUAUUUGGCUUUGCGGAGUGCACCAUUUUGUCAUGUCACUUGACAUCAUCUACUGCUCUAACUAGAAAUUAUGUCCAGGGUCUCUGCUGAUGUCGGUCUGAAGGGGAAGUUAAGAUAUAUUGGUUAUUCGAUAUUGGGCCUCACUCAUGCUAUAGUUGCCACGCUGAACCCAAACGGUACUAAAGACACCUGGCCACGCCGACUUCUAGCAGCUGUUGUGUUGCUGUGUCACCUGCUGGUGGGCCCUAUAGUAGUGUGCCCACUAGCGGCUCUCUACAUGUGUGGGCCGCUGUUCAGCGCCGGGAUUUCAGCGUGGCGUCUCAUAGAACAUGAUUACGUCGUCCCCAAGAAGGAAGAACAUACACACCUGCAGCCAGCGCUGAUUGUCUUGUACUCUUUGGCUAUGUUGCAGGGUUUCCUCUUCUGUUACAGGUUUUACUCCUCUUUUGCGCGAGAGGACCUAGUGAACGACGUGGCGGAAGAGUACAAGAUGAACAACAUCAAAGAGGCUGUGGAGGAAUACCUGCGUGAGACGGUGAACAAGUGCGAGAAGGACCCAGCAUUCUUCAAGGAAACAAACCUGGCGACAUAUGCUGUGGGAAUGAUCAAGUCUGAAUCAUCUGAAAGCUUCCUUUCCGGGGCAAAGAUUCUGGACGCGCUGUUGGAGCACGCGCCCACAGUCACAGCAGAGGAGCGCACACUCACAGCAGAGCUCAUCAGUUUGGUGGCGUCCUCUAGCCAUGUACUCGAGAAGCUGCUGCAGGCGCUGGAUUCCACAAGCCCAUACGGCGAGACGAUUAGGGUGGUUGCUGCCAACAUAGUGACGCACCUUGCCAGCAGGAUUCCUCUGAUGCAAUUCCCGCAAGGGAUCCAGCGCAUAGGCUCGCUCAUCGACAUCUCUCAGCAGCAAUUCGAAGAUGACUGGCGUAACGACUACAAGAAGCUCAUGGAGAACGGCUUCGUUAUCCUCCGCAAGCUCGCUGCCGACGAGGACAACUGCAGAACCAUAAGCAACGCCCAGGGCCUGCUCUCCAAGGUCUUGGCGCCGGUAAGCUCCGACCUGCUCCACCUCAUCGACCACGAGGCAUGGUCGACCACCAUCGCAGCCGCGUCGCUGCAAGUCAUGUGCCGCCUCGUGGCUGCUCCGGGAGAGACUGGCGCUAGGCUGCGUAGACAAAUCUCAAGCGACAAGGAAGCGAUCCAUGGCAUGGAGAGGAUCCUAAGGUGCUGUGGAUGCAGUGAACAUGUUCGCAUAUUAACCAUUCAGAUUCUCACGCACCUAGCCAUGGGCAUGGAUGAGGAGUCUGUGCGUGUGAACAAGGAAAGCAGAGAAAAUUUUAUCAAGAUGCUCCCUUCCAUUUUCACCGAUGAAGCCAAAGACUGCUCCAUUAGGAAAUUGGCAGGUGAAGCACUGUUGAAGCUAAGUCAAAGCGAAAACAAUGCUGCCAUCAUCUUGAAGGCAAAUGAUCAUGUUGUCCGCGAUCUCAGUAAAAUCCUCCUUUUAGGUGCUGCGCCCAAGAGCACAAAUCGAAUUAUGGCAGCUAAAACACUCAAGCAUCUCUACGUUCAUUACAAAGAGAAUGAUGAGUAUCUCAGGGCACUCAAGGAAACCAUGGAGGACGUGAUGCCAAAGAUUCUCCGAGAAAUAUUACCCCCUGUUGUGCUGAAUGGAAACGAUACACUAGCAGAAAACAGAACAUAUGGACAAAGUUCUCCUUUGCAAAGCCCCACUGACAUAGAAGCCCAAGUUCGUGCUCCACAAGAUGACGGCCGUAGCAACAACAAUUCAACUUGUCAGCAAAAUGAUGACAAGAAAUUGCACGCAGCUCUAUUAUCUCUUGCUAUGGCAAUAUUUGACAAAUUGAUCACCCAAGAUCAUAAUUUGGCUCAACUGGUCGAUAAAAUUUCUCCUGGAGAUUCUCCAACGAGCUUUGCCAAUAAGCUCAACGAGAUUGUGCGGACAAAGAGUCAGCCCAUGGCAAGUUGCUUGAGCAUGAUGAGGAAUGCCAGCAAGAUGGUCAUAUCAAUGAUGAAACACAGUGACAGCUACCUCAAAGAACACUUCUUGAUGAUCUUCAUCCAAUCUUUGUCCGAUGCUUGCAAGGCCAUGUCAUGUAUCGAGAGCUCUAUGAUUUUAUAUAGUGCCAAUCGUGGCCCAGUGAAGCCUCACAAGACUCUCACUUCUCUACUGAAAGAAGCACAGGAACUUGUAGGCUCAAAGGAGCCAAAAGAGCGGUGAACUACACGAGCCAUGUCUGUCCAUGGAGGCCAGCUGAUUGGUUGGAAUAAUUCGACGGAUCGGAUGAAAAAUGAAGUAGACAGAACCAUCUGCAGUAUGUUUGCAGAGACUGUAUGACCUCUGGGUUGGAACUGCUAUUGUUCUUUGUAUGUGUGUCUGAACCCUGUUAUCCUAUGCUAUCAUUUCUGAACUGCGAAGUUAAACGA